GGGACGCCGCAAAAGGAUGUUAUAAUAAAACCCGAUGCCCCAAGCACAUUACUUUCGGAGAAACAUGCGGACUAUAUAGCUUCAUAUGGAACAAAGAAAGAUGAUUAUGAAUACUGUAUGUCGGAGUAUUUGAGGAUGAGUGGUGUUUACUGGGGGCUGACAGCAAUGGAUCUCAUGGGGCAGCUGCACCGAAUGAACAAAGAAGAAAUUUUGGCAUUCAUCAAAUCGUGUCAACAUGAAUGUGGUGGAAUAAGUGCCAGCAUAGGUCAUGAUCCUCACCUUCUGUAUACCCUCAGUGCUGUCCAGAUUCUUAUCUUAUAUGAUAGUCUCCAUGUUGUUGAUGUAAAUAAAAUUGUUGAAUAUAUACAGAACUUGCAAAAAGAAGAUGGAUCAUUUGCUGGGGACAAAUGGGGAGAAAUAGAUACAAGGUUCUCCUUCUGUGCUGCCGCAACUCUUGCACUUCUGGGAAAGCUGGAUGCUAUUGACGUGGGGAAGGCAGUAGAAUUCGUUUUGUCCUGUAUGAACUUUGAUGGAGGAUUUGGUUGUAGACCAGGUUCCGAAUCCCAUGCAGGACAGAUCUAUUGUUGCACAGGAUUUCUGGCUAUAACAGACCAGUUGCAUCAAAUAAAUGUUGACUUGCUGGGUUGGUGGCUUUGUGAACGUCAGUUACCUUCUGGAGGUCUCAACGGACGACCAGAGAAGCUACCUGAUGUAUGUUACUCAUGGUGGGUGCUAGCAUCUUUGAAGAUGAUUGGUAGGUUACAUUGGAUUGACAGAGAGAAACUGCGCUGCUUUAUUUUGGCUUGCCAGGAUGAGGAAACUGGAGGAUUUGCUGACAGACCAGGAGAUAUGGUAAAUAAUCCUUUA